CUUUAUUCUUUUCUUUCUAUUUGCAUCAUACACUAAAGUUGCAAUCUUUGAUCAUCUCGCUCUCUCUGCCCAUUAUUAAGCGCAGUCAGAAAUGGGUUCUGAAGGAUCUUCGCAGGUUGUUGUACCAAGGAGCUUCAGGUUAUUGGAAGAGCUCGAGAGAGGAGAGAAAGGAAUAGGUGAUGGAGCUGUAAGUUAUGGGAUGGAUGAUUCCGAUGAUGUAUACAUGCAGUCGUGGACAGGAACCAUCAUUGGUCCUCCUAAUACUGUACACGAAGGGCGCAUAUACCAGUUAAAACUUUUCUGUGGGAAAGAUUAUCCAGAUAGACCGCCAGCUGUGAGGUUCCAGACGCGGAUAAAUAUGAGCUGUGUAAACCUGGAAACGGGUGUGGUCGAACCCAGUCGCUUCUCUAUGCUUUCUGACUGGAAACCAGAGAGCACAAUGGAGGAUAUCUUGAUACAGCUCAAAAAAGAGAUGAUUUCUCCCCAAAAUCGUAAACUGUCUCAGCCUCCUGACGGUCCGUCUCUUCUAAUUUCCUUCUUCAUAGACCGACUAGAAAUUUAUGACAUACCACUUUAUUUUCUUGCUUGUUUCCUUUUUUUUUUGCAUUCUAACUGCGGAUUACUGAGUAAUACGAGAUGCCUUUAGCAUAUAGAUGUUGUCGAACUGGCCUUUCAAUCAAAGAAUUUUAUUAGAAUGUUUUUAAGAUAUGAAUAAGAAGCUCUUAUACUUAUUCAUGUCUGGUUUCCUUUUUCCUUUUAUUCUAAAAUUCAUAGAUCUCUUCCUAACAGGCAACGAGGAUUCUAGGUUG